CGCGUCUUGUGAUGCGGAAUUCGACGGCAAAAGCUUAUCGUAGGCCGUAUAAAUCCAGAUCCCAACUGCGUGUGUUAAGCCCAAAUCGCGUCCUCAAAAACCUCUCGUCCCGAAAGCGCACACAACAACUCCUCAGAAGGCACGCGCGACGGCCAGGUACAGACAGAUCCAUCUCUCGCCUCGCAUCCCCACCUCCCUCGCCGAUCGAGGCCCGCCGCCGCGCCCAGAUCGCUUCUUCGCCUCGGCGCGGAGGUGGCCGAGGGGGGAGGAGGAGCCUCCCGGAUCCGCCUCGCCGUCUCCGUCGGCUGAUCGGGGCGCGAUCCGCGGGGGAGCAGCAAUGACGGCGGAGGGGACGCCGUGCAACGGCGCCGGCGAGGCGCCGAAGGUGGAAUUCGCGCCGGAGAAGGUGGUGGUGGCCGCGGCGCCGGAGGAGAAGACGGCGGCCGGUGAGCGCGAGGGCGAGGAGGACGUCGGCGGGCCGUUCGUGAUCGUCAACGGCGGCGACUCCGACGGGCACUCCGACCGUGGCUCAGAUCUGGGCAAGGCGCCCGACGAGGACUCGCCGUCCGAGGAGGACGGCGUGCCCGUCUCCAAUGCAGCUCCGGACGCGGCCGUGGGCGGAGAUCACGGGGCCGCCGAAGGGGAAGUGGGUGCGGCACUCGGUGCUUCGUCGGUGGAGGGGGGUGAUCGUGCUUCCGACGGGUCCGAGGGUGGCGCGGAUGAGGGCAAAGGUGAGCCAAGUUCCGAUUCUGUUGCUGAAGUGGCGCAGCAGGAGGCUGCUGGUGAAGAGAACGGUGGGGCAGCUGCUCUGGCGUCCGGUGGGUGCGAACCUGCCAUCACCAGUGAUUACUCUGACGCACCUGCUGUGGAUUCUGAGGUUGAAGGCAAGGAGGGCAUAGUGGAUGCAAGUGCUGUUGCUGAUGUCGCUGAAGCAGUAGUGCAUCAGGAAGCUAGCACAGAGCAGGAUGGAGAUGCCGCUGUGAUGUCCUUUGGCCAUGAUGAUGCCCUAUCAUCUCCCAAGUCUUCUUCUGCUGCCAUGGAGUCCGAGGUUAUUAGAGAGGAUAGCAAAGAAGAGAGUACCGCUGAUGUUGUGGCACCACAGGAGCAGGGUGCAGUUGGGGCAAAUGCUUUGGAGAAUGAGCAUCUUUGUGCUGAUAUGAGGGCUGAUUCAGUUGUAGCUGCUACUGAGCCUGACAGUCAAGAGGAUGCUGCUGUGGAGUCCUGCAGGCAAGAUGCUGCUGCUGUGGAGUCUUGCAGGCAAGAUGAUGCCCUAAUUUGUACUGAGUCUGGUUCUGCUGACAUUGAGUCUGAGGUUUAUGGGGAGGAUAGCAAACAAGAACAGAGCAAUGCUGGUGUCGUGGAGGUCUUGGAGCAGGGUGUUGGUAGGGCAGAUGCACUGAUAGCAAAUGGGCAUCUUUGUGCCGACACCCAAGCUGAUUCUUCUGAAGCUACUACAGAGCCUGAGAACCAUUCUAAUGAGAGCAAAUUGACUGAAGUUGCAGAAUCAGUGGAGGAGGAUGCUGCCAAUGCCACAGAUGCAUCAUCACAAACCAAUGGCAAUAUUUAUGUUGCCUUGAGUGCUGAUUCUGGUAUAGUUGCUUCUGAGUCUAAGGCUGAUUCCUUUGAGAAAGAUGGGCAAGAAACCGAUCAGCAAGAAGAGGGAGCUCCAAAAACUGAAGCUGAAGUAUUGGAGGGAGUGUUAAAAACAACUGAAAGGAACUGUGCAGGUACUGUUGAGGAACUCAUAGGAGAGGAAGUUGACGCAGUUGGGCAUGCCAGUGUAGAAGAUACAGCUGAUGCUUCUGGGGAGCAAGAAGCCAAUCCCAUGCAGGUAGAAGGUGAAGCCACAUGUGGUAUUCUCGAAUUUGAAGAAGUGGAUAUGGAUAAGGACAGUGAGGAGGGUUUUUGUGAUGACUCCACAGUUGGUAAGGAAAAAAUAGAUGAAGCUGUCCCCAGUGUUAAUGUUGGUGAGUCGGAGGAAGUAACUGAGAAUACAAGCCAAGAUACCAUGCAGGGUGGAUUGGCCAAGGAUGGAGUUUAUAUAGGCACAAUUCAUAUUAAGCCAGGAUCAGAUCCUUAUGUUGAAUCAAGCCUUGAACAUAAAGUCAAGGCAGAAGUUGAUUUAGUUGAUGAAAUCACAGCAGAGUCAGAUUUGAAAGCUGUAAAUAUGGUUGAAGUAAGAACAGCUCAUGAAGUUGAUGAAGUAGAGGUAAAAGAAGUUGCUUUUGCUGAUGAGGCUAACCUAGCUCCUUUACACCUUCAGCAGGACUGUGAAUCUGUUAUGGAAACUAUAGAGCAUGAGAAGGUGGAAGCACCAGGUGGCUGUCAAGCUCAUGAAAUUGAGAAUUCUUCAGAAGUAGAACCGAAAAAAGAGUUUGAGAUGGAGGUUGAUGAUGACGUUCCAUUGCAAGAAGCUGCAGCUUCUGCGGUCUCUGUUUUCCACAGUGAGCCAAGGUCCAUUGAUUUGGUUGAGAAUGAUUGUUGUAACCAUUCUAGCCCAACUACUGUAUUGGAAUCUUGUGACCAUGCGCUAACUGAGGAGAGCAGAUCACAAGAAAUUUCUAUGACCACUGUUGAGCAACCUAUAUGCGGUGCUUCUUUGGAACAUGGAACAAUGGUGGUUGAUGAAGCUGAAACAAACUCUGCAACAGGAAAUGGAUCUAAAGAAAAAUCUAGCGACGUUGCUGUUGAUCAAGUUGAACCUAUCAACCUGAAUGUAGAUGAACUUGUUGCGGUUAAUGAUGAUCAGCCCAGUUUUGUUCCAAAUUGUGAAUCUGCUAGCUUGGAUAAACCCGGAUGUUUUUCCAAAAAGGACGAUUCAAGUGAGAUUGUUGAAGAUAGCAAAUCACUAGAAAAUCAGUCAGAAAUUUGCAAUGCAGAGUGUUCCUCCAGAAUUGCAAAUGAAGGUCCCUCUCUAAUUAAUAUGUCUGAUGAGUGUUCCUCCAGAAUUGCAAAUGAUUGUUCCCCUAAUGAGGCUUCUCAUCUAACUGAGGAGCCUUGCCUCUCAGACAAGUCAUGCAACACCAUCAAUUAUGAAAAUGGAAAUGAGCCUGCUAAAUCUUCUGAUGUGGUUGAAACCAAAUGUGUGGAAGCACUAGUGACAGAACAGAAGGACAAUGGACACCAUGCUUCUGGUGAGUGGCAUGGAGAUCAUGCGCAAGUCAUCGGACCACAGAGAGUCUACAUAAUUAAAGUUCCAAAGUUUGCCGGUGAUGAUCUCUGGAAUAAGAUCCAGGCUGCGCAGGCUCACUUAGACCAAUUGACCCAGGAAAGAGAUGCGAUUAACCGUCGUAGGCAAAAGCAAAAGGCUGUAUGUGAUCAAUACAGGGAGAAGCUUGAGGCAGCACGUCAAGAAGAGCGGGAAGCUAGGAUUGCCCAUGGAGAUAAGAAGAAUGAUUUAAAUAGUGUACGUUCGGUAUUAGGGAAAUUGCACCAAGCAAAUUCAGUUGAAGAACUUGAUGAGCUGAUUGCAAAGAAAGAGAGGACUAUGCAACAUGAGACCAUUUCUUCUUUGAAAGAAGAAAAGCUUUUAAUUAAAGAGAUUAAUGAAUUAAAAGCCCAACGGAAGCAGCUGUCUGCCACUAUGGGCUCAAAGGCUGAAAUCAAUGAGGCAUUUGACCAAAAAGAUCACAUUCAUGAGCGGCAUAAGGUGUUAAAGAAGGAUUCUGAUGUUUUAUUUACCAACCUGAAAGCCCUAGAGGAAAACACAAGAAAGAUUCAAAAAUCUUUCGAAGAUGAAAGAACAGCUCUAAGAAAAUUAACAGAGGAACACCGAGCAGCUAAUGAAAUACGCCAAAAGGCCUACAGUGAGUGGACUGAGCUUAGAAAUGAGCCCAGCAAGAAGAAUGAAUACUUUUUCGAGUACAGGGAUGCCCGGAAUGCAGCAGAAACUUUCAGAGCUAAUGGAGAUGCAAAUGGACUUAAAACACACUGUAAUAGUCAGAUUGAGAGAAUUAUGGAAAUGUGGAACACAAACGAGGACUUCCGCAAGCAGUAUGUUGAAUCAAACAAGGUUAGCACACUAAGGAGAUUAGGGACCCAUGAUGGACGAAGACUUGGCCCUGAUGAGGAUCCUCCAGUCAUUCCAAGCAGAAGACCAAGCAACAUUUAUCCAUUGUCUGCCUCAAGCCCAGAAGUGCCCACUUUAGCUUCAAUGCCAGCACCUGUAUUGGCUGCUCCAGCUGCAGUCCCUGCCAAAGAGGACUCCUUUCCUGCUUUGGCAGCCCCCCAGACCAGUAAGCGCGCCAAAUCAAAAGCAUCUGGUAGCUCUGCCCAGAUUGAGAACAAUUCUGUUAUAGUAUCAGAGGCAGAAGAUUUGAAACAAACUUUAAAAGAAAAGGCUCGUCUAGUGGAGGAACAAUUGGAGUUAGCUAGGAAAGCAGAGGAGUUGGCACGGAAGGAGGAGGAGGAAUUAAGGAAAGAGAGGGAUGCAGCUGAAAAGGAGCGGCUUAGGCUGGAGCAGAAGGCUAAGGCUAAGGAGGCUGAGGAGAGGAAGAGGCGGAAAGCAGAGAAGGACAAGGAAAGAGCCGAGUUCAAAGCACGUAAGGAAGCUGAGGAGAGGGAGAAGAAGAAAGCAAAGAAAGACAAAAAGAAAGGCACAACCCCAGCAGAGUCGAGCGCCAUUGCUGACAGCAAUGCUGCGGCUUUGGCUACAGCGGAUACUGACAGCAAUGCAUCAGACAACCCAAGGGAAGCUGAUGUUUCUCAACCAGCGGCUCCCAAGAGGCUGUCUAGGCCAGCAGCGGCAAUCAAGCAACUGAACAGGUUGCAGCCGAUGCCAGCGCCCCUGCGCAACAGGGGCAGGAGGAAGCUGCGGCAGUACAUCCUGAUUGCAGCGGCUGUGCUAUCGGUGCUGGCGUUGUUCGUGGCAGGCAACUAUAUUCCCAGGCUCAAGUCGGUUCACUCCUAAGUUUAUCGGUAGGAAAGGGGUGCGGUGAACCUGGUUCUUCUACCUAGAGGAUUCCUUCGUCUUAUUUCGACUGUUCCGGUUGAUUUGUAUUUAUUUUCCCCUUAUAUAGGUUGUGAUGAUGAGAGUUGAGGGUGCAUUGUGUUAAAGUUGUUUACCGGAUGGUGGUGAAAUAUUCGUUAGAACAUGGUAAUAAUGACUAUAGAUUCUUUUUUGUAUAUAGGCCCUCUGGUGGUCUCCUUAGCGUAUAUGAUUUUUAAUCCUAUGGCGUUUUGGCUGUC